GAAAGAACGGAUUGCUAUGUCAAUCGUGGAUAGGAGGAAUGCGCUGAUCUCGGGAACUGUAGAGCAGACACGGGAGGACCUGAAUUAGUGGCAUCGAUGAGCCAAACUGAGAUGGAGAUGUCUGGGGUUCCAGCGGGGGUGACACGGAGGACUGGGACAGUGAAGAGGACGAUGUGGGGGGGCCUGAGGCAGCAGUGGAAGCUACUGGGCCUGUUUGAGAUUGACCAGCAGCACGAGUUCUACAGCCUCACCUCUAUGAUGAAGGAAGGUCUCUCUGCAGCCGUGCAGACCACCAUCGACAACCCACCACCGGAUGAAUUGUCAGAAGAUGAUUACAGAUUGGAAGUCACUCAAAUACAUAAGGACUUUAAAAUGGAGACAUUUGCAGGGCCAGUGUUUGCCAGCUUGCGUCGCUCCCUGGGAAUGACAGAAAAGGAGUAUCAGCAUUCUCUCUCCUUCGAUGGCUCAUACCUGCAGUUCAUCAGCAACUCCAAAAGCAAGGCUGACUUCUUUCUGACGAACGAUAAGUGUUUUUUCUUGAAGACCCAGAAUAAGAGAGAGGUGAAAUUCCUCCUGUCCAAUCUGAGAAUCUACAUGGAGCACCUAGAGAAGUAUCCCCAUUCACUGCUGGUCAAGUUCUUAGGUGUCCACAGGAUAAACAUUUCCCAUAGGAGGAAGAAGUACUUUAUUGUAAUGCAGAGUGUUUUUUAUCCUGACGAUCGAAUAAAUGCCAGGUAUGACAUCAAGGGUUGUGAGGUGAGCCGGUGGACAGACCCCGCCCCUGAGGGUAGCCAGGUUAUUGUUGUCCUCAAGGACUUGAACUUCAAGGGCCAGUAUAUCACUCUGGACCAGCAGCGGCCGUGGCUGCUCCGGCAGGUGGAGAUUGACACGUCGUUCUUGCAGAGACUCAACGUGCUGGACUACAGCAUCCUGCUGGGCCAUCAGCCCCUGCACCAGGACGAACGCCACCAGGGCCUCUCUUUUGCCACCCUUAUCAUGCGCACAAAAAAGUCAGUGAUUACUGGCUCAAGCCCCACCCAUGCGGACAUGCCCACUGUUCCAGGGGUGGUCCCAGAGGAAGACUCCAACCUGUCGGUGUCAGAGAUGGAUGGCGGGACAGGAAGUGGCAGCGUUGCCGAAUCACGGGGAGGAAGUGACCCGGGCAGUGCCCUUUCCGGGAGAACCUGUACUGAGCAGCCGACCGGGUCGGUCACAGAUUCGAUGGUGCUCAGAGACUUCCAAGCCCAGAACCGCCGACUGCUGCCCAACUUCAAGAACCCGCUACAUGUCAUUGACGGACCGGAGCAUCGCUACUUUGUGGGCAUCAUUGACAUCUUCACUGUCUACAGCUUCAAGAAGAGGCUGGAGCAUUGGUGGAAGAGACUGCGGCACCCAGGGCAGGCCUUCUCCACCGUCAGCCCCACCUCUUACUGCCUUAGGCUCUGCCAGUGGGUACAGGACCACACCAAGUAGACUCAGAAAAAGGGGAGGAUGAGGAUGGUUAGUCCCAGUAGCAGACUGUCUGCCCAAGAACAAACGUUUGCAUGCACACAAGUUGGACACUGACCAGAGACAUGAAGCUAUGCUUUUAAAGCACUAUAAUUUCAGAUUGUUCAAGGAGCAGUUACUUUCAUGUUUCCACAUCUCCAGACCAAAGCUAAAACAAAUAUAAACCAUUAUAUACAAAUAUAAUAUUCACCAUUGCAAAUUCAUGGGUUUCCUUUUCAUAUUCUUUGUUAAGUAAACAAAGAAAAAGGUGCGACAUUUAUAAUCAAGUGCUAUGAAUUAAUUAGCUGAUUCUCCAAAGUAUAAUCGUUUUUUAAUUGUUGAAGUUCAAUUAGCAAGUGAAUGCUGAAAAUCAAAAUAAUUGUACAAAUUUGCCACCUGAUAUGGAUUUAUUUUUAUUUUUACAAUUGUACUUUGAAGUGUUUAAACCUGUGCAAUUUUGUUGUAUUUUUAAAAGCUGUGUUUUCACUGUUCAACUGACCAAGUGAAUAUACUCUCCCGAUAUGAUUGUGCAGUGUGUAUGUAUAUAUAUAUAUAUCUUUUUAAAAACAUUUUAUUUUAAAUGUUGUAUUCUUUGUGCGGUCAUGGCAAGGUCAGUAUAAAGGGUUAACGUUUAAAAGUGAUGACAAAUGUAGUCAUAAAGGUUCUGUUCCCCUGCUCAGACAUUGCUGACACAUGUCAGAUCUUACAAUGCCUGGAUAAGUAUUUUACAUAUCAGCUAACCACAUCAUAUGUCAUAGCAAUCUGGUGCCCGACUGCACAGUCGAUGACGUGGCACGCAACCAUUGGUUGAUGCAUGCAAUGUCUGAACAGGGAAACACAACCUUUAUAAGACUGCCUGGUUCUUAUGGUGACCAACACAUUUUUUUAAAGGGAAAGUUCACUUCUGGAAAUUGUAUCUUAUUUUUGACUUACCUAGGGAAGAACCUGGACACCCUAGGUAACACCGUAGGGAAGUUGAAAAUACACAAAUUGAACUAUCAGAAGGGAUAUUACUCACACUGCCCAGUUUUUAUGGUGAAAUGUAGGCUAAAGACUUAGUCUUGCUGUUAGAAAAUAUAACACAAAUGUGCUUUAAACCUCUUGAGGUGCUCCAUUCUGUACCUCACCCUCGACACCCUGUGUCAGUCAGGGAAAUAUGAGGAUUGUUUUUCACAACUCUGUCUGGGUCUGACUGUUGUUUGAAAGUAAGGCACUGUAUUUACAGGGUUUAAGUUGUCUAGAAACAGAAAUCUAUUCUAUCCAUGAAUAGAAUUGACUUUACAUCCUAUUUGAAUGUAAGAUGUAGCAUAAAAAACAUCCACACAAAGUUGGGGAAAUAAAAUACCCUGAUUUGAGGACUAAGUUAUGUGGUCAUUUUUACAACAUAUUCACUAAUGUAAGCUACUUCGUAAUGGUGUGGAUGGCUAACUCUAAUCCACCAUCUAUACUCUCUCCUGGCUCAACUUGUUGACCCCUGGUAAAGUCAUGUUUGUGCCUUCUGUCUAUAAUAGCCGUGUGCUGAAACC